AGAUCCACUCAUAUUAAUGGCGAUGCUGCACACAACGGAGGCCUUUGCUCAUGGUUUGCUCCCGUUGCCCUUGUUGUGAUGCUGCUCCCGCAGCAACAGCAAGAAAGUGAAACGGUCAAAAAUUCCGUCUUCGCUAACUCAGUCCGCUUUACCGCUAACCUCGCAGGCGUCGCUUCAACUUGCGCGUGCGUCUGGAAUCGCGCACUUGGGCAAGCAAACUGCUCACCAUGCAAGCUUCUAAGAUGACUGUCUUUAGGCUUCUCCACUGCACUGUACGAGGAGUACCGUGCAGCCCUGCGCGGUACUGGUUUUGUUGCUCGUUUCUCGAUUGAGCCCAGGGAUUGGCAGGAUCGUCGUUUGAGUGCGCGUUGCGUAAACUCUUUUUCCAAGAGGACGAAAGAGCCGCAGACCAUCCCGAAAACCGUGCCACCCUGUGUAUGCCAGCGAACAUCAACAAAUGGACUUGAAGUGCAACGUUCGUACUGGCUCUGGUAAGGCAUUUGUGCAACAAGAACUUUGCGUAGCCAGGCUCUACCGGCUUCUAAGCGUUCUUCAUUUUCGAUCCGAGAUGCUGCGGAAAGCGAGGGUGCCAUGAACCCAGAACUUGCGAUAGCACCCGCGUGCCACCGCUGCUUUCUAGCGAAGUCUUCCAAAGACCACGUGGUGGUGGUGCCAUCUGGUGCAGCCAGCCAAGACUACCACCGGCUCAUUCCAUCUCUCUUCCGAGACGUUUCCGCCGUCUCCACCAGAUCCUUGCUCAAGCUUGCCCAAGAGCUGUCGAGCAUGUUGACGGAGCACUCCCUGCUCAUGCGCUUGCUGGGCACACCCAAGGACGGCCUGCUCCACCGGAGCCGCAUGGGCUGCCUCCAGGGACGCUGCAGCCAGAUGGCCCACUGCAUGAAGGCUCAUUUUGUGGACGCCUUCAGGGGCAUGGAGCUGCUGUCGCAGCCGGACGUGGUGGAGCUGGGGAAGUCCUUUCGGAUCUACUUGGCCUGCCUGCACUCCCUGGUCACAGACCUGCUCCAGACGUCCCACCUGUUCCAGCUCUUCCCCCUCCAUCCCAGCCAGGAUGGCUCGAUAAAGCCCCAGUUCGUGCACACGGGAACAACGGGCGGCAUGGAGCAAAUGUUCAGCGCCGUCUGCGAGUCACUGCUGCUCUCCACAGCGGAACAGUUUCGACAGGAACGCGAGAGCUGGAAGCAGUUAGAGAAGCUCACGAUGGACACGACAGUGUUCAUCAACUCGCUCCACACGGACUCCGUUCUGGGAUCCAUAGUCGACUACGUCAUCCUAAACCAAGACGAGACGAGGUUGGCCAACGACAGCCCCCGUCCCACAACAGAGGUGGCACCACCUAGCAAUCUGAGGCUCCUCAAUCCCAUUUCUACUGUCAACUCGGAGGAGAGCGUGGCGGGGAAACAAAAGCCGACGUGUCGUCUGGGCUGUCUGGUCUUCGCCAUUUUCGUGAUAGUCUGCAUCGGGAUCGGUGUCAUGAUGGCCGUCUGCUUCCUUGUCUUCUCAUAGCCUCAUGAGAGUGCCGAGGAGGAGGUGAUGUGCGUUAGGUCCCUCUUCCUCGAUUUUCGUCUUCUCCUGGUGUGAUUUUUAAACUCUGCUCAAAAGAUGAACUCGGUGUAAUAGGUUCUAGUCAAGGUUCCUGUUUGCUCUGUGGGUGGAUGCAUUUUCAUUUGUAAUGUCCGCUUGGUUGAGCAAAAUUCAUUCAGAUGCAAGGAGACGAGAACAGGUCAUGCGUGAGAAGCGGCUGUCAUUUUUAUUUGUUAUACUCCUAUUUUUAGGGUCUUGGUGUCGACCCCUACUUUGGGCGCCAGUGAUAUGGGGUUUUCGCUGCCUGGUUCCCAUGAGGCUAUGUUGACUUUCUUUGAGCAGUCAUAUUUUAGGUCGCAUUGAAGUCAUGCGCUUAGCAUGUUUUCGUCCUUGCAUUUGUGUGGACUGAUCCUCAUAGUCAUUGUGACAGGAAAAGGUCUUUACAACCCUUGUUUUACUACAUUCAUUUUAUUGUGAUAUCUAUUUUUGUGUCAUUAUUUAUUUUCAUUGUGAUGUCGUGACGCAGCGGAAAAGGCAGCUCUGAAUAAGAACUGGCAUAAUGUUUACGAGGAGCAAUCAUUUAAUUAUGUUUCUUUUUUUUUAAUGGAGGUAUGGGUUUAGUAGUGAUACUUCAUCAUUUACAUUGUUGCUUUGGCAAGAUAUCUCUUUGCAUCGAUUUGAAGUAUAUCAUGCGAUCACAGGGAAAAUGCUCGGGGUUUCUUUUGGAUCUUGUCCGAUUUUGAUUUGGUUAUGAGGUUUGUGGUGAAGUCCUUCCGAAAUGCUGCUUGGUCCUUAGGGAGAGACAUAGCUGCACCUAGUGGUAGCUCAAAGACGCAGGCCACGUUCGUUCCAGCCCACGAGAACGUUCGCUCACUUUACCAUUCCAUUAUACUUUGAACAACUUUCACUAUGUGAUCAAUUUGAAGAGAUGUGUUCAGACGGUUUCCUCUUUUUUGCAGCGGGACGCAGAAAGACUCGCCCUAUUUUUUAUCUCGACGUAGUGUUGUUUUUCGGUGCUCUCCGCGAGGGAGAUUGUGUAGUUGUGUUUCUUGUGAUAACCUGCGGCCGCAAAGUAUUUUUAAUUGUGUUCUUCGCGCAGUUUGUGCUCGUCGUGACGGGUUUGUCGAGGCAUUGACUAGUCUCAGUGUGUUUUAGGGCGUAGCUGUGUUGACCCGUUUUCCCGAGGAGCAUCUUCCGCGACUGCCUCAGCGGGGUAAAUCUUCACGGCACAAAUUAGGCAAUGCCAGGUGUCGUAGGCCCAACAGAGACUGUUUUCAACUUGUGACGACAUCCAUACGAGUGGGAAACCAAUAGGUGUUUUUUUGUUUUUUACCUUUUUUCGUCGCAAGUUUUUUGGCCACUUUGUAGACGGAGUGUCAACAUAGCAAAGCAAAGUUGUGGGUUGAUAGAGGCACAAGAUGCUUCCACACUACGCAUAAAGGCCUAGUAAAGACUUCUUUCUCUUUUAUAAAUUGACUUCGCAGUGGCAAGGUUCGGCAACGCUAAAGGCUGGUUUGCACAUCUGUGUUUGACUGUGCUCGAGUGCAUUGCAUUCUUUCGUAACCGCUCGACACGAUGGCGCCCUGACGCUGUCUAUUAAUUAGGUAGCCAUGGAAAACGUCUAACCUGCGCGUAUAUUAUUAUAAUCGAGUUACACGCAGAUCAAAAAGUUUUCAGGGCUGUGUGAUAGGUGGCGCAGCGCUCCGGUUUUGUUUUCUACCAUAAUAUCUGUGGAAAUGCCCCACCCCCAAAAGAUAACCCAUCCCUAUUUUUGGCAUGAUUUGCUAUCUUUUCAAUAAGACUGAAAGAUAGCCCACUUCUAGUAAUUGCAGGGCCCUGGCCAAUGGUAACCUCGGUAGAUAUGGUGUAACUUAGUCACGGCGGGAGAUGAGCGAACAUUGCCAACUAGGAAGUGUGGUUGUCUUCAGUUCAUCGCCCCUCGCCGCUACCUCAAGUUUCGCAGGUCGCAAAAUCUAAAACUAGCAUUUUUUAACUUUUUUUUUUGACCGCACACUGAAAGUUAGCUCACUCCUUAUUUUCGCUAGAUUUGCUUUCAAUUUUAUGUGGGCCAUUUCUCGGGAUCUUGCGGUAGUCUUAAGUGGCUGGAAGGUGUUUGAGCACAGUCAAACGUAAAAGUGUGAACCAUCCCUAAGCUGCAAAAUCGCUGUCUGGCUAUCUCCUUGGGUCAACGUUUGUUCCUGCGCCACUUUCUUUUUUACCUAUACUUCGGUUCGCCUUCAAAGUGCGGAAAGGGGUUUGUUGCAGCUUUGUGAUUCCUUUUGCUCUACCUCUUUUCACGAGAGCUUGCUUUCGACGCCGUCUUGUUUGCGACUGAGUAUCGUUUUCCCCGGUCCGUGUACAUAGGGGCGAGUGUACAGUAGACUUUGCUAGUGUUAACUUGCAUAUAGGAGACAGUCUUCCCUUACAGCUAGAACCUGUACUACACUUCCACGGAGCACUUCUCGUUUCAGGGGCAGGACUAACGUUUCAAAGUACUAGUACUAGUGCACCUCCUUUCGUGAUCGCAGGGAGACAUUAAUUUUAUUGAGGUGAUAUCGUUUGUUCUGGCGUAGGAAGGUUGUGCUGACAACGGAAGGCUGAUAAACUGCACCCCAUUCAUAUUUCGUGAUUUAGGCACCUUUGAGGCUGAAAAGUUUGAAGACCAAUCCUCUUGUAAGAAACCAGCACUGGUAUUAGUAGUGCUAACUUGGGUGGUGUUACCAGAAAAAUUUGCUGUAACUGGUUUUGAAAGUAGGUUCUAAAAAGGCUUCUAUGAUGCCAUGUGCUCGUCUGCUGGUAAAGGCUCCUGGACAUUUCAUUGAACACCGUUUCAUCUAACGCGUUUCAUUAAGUUAUGGCUGUUUAAAAAAAGAAAAAAAGCCUGAUUAUUGUUUUAAGUUCUAGUGUUGUUUGUAUGGCACAUUAGCUCAUACCUAUCAAAUUUUGAAUAUAGUCAGUGAAGGUGGCCUUCUAAAUCUUCUCCAGACUCGAAGGUUAUUUUUGUUGGCUUUGGCCUGGACUGCCAGAACUAAAUGCAGCAAAGGGUACCUUUGGCCUCAGAUACACUUAGUAGGGGCACACUAUGCUAACUCAGUUCUUUGAUUACAUUUUUUGGUAUUAUACUUCUCUAAUAUAAAUAAGCAAGCUUUGUAAUCAGCAGGUAUUGAAAAUGUCACAUGUGACCAUUGUUAUGUAGAUAAAGCUGGUUUGUGGCUAUUACAGCUGCUAAGUGUCUGUUUUCUAGAAAAUUGUAAUGUAAUUAACUUUUUUAGUUUGAGAUUCAGGUAUUCAAAACAGGGAUACAAUAUUUCGGUUGUGUUGGGUUUUCUCUUUCGAGUAAGCCACUUAACUCGAGUGAUGGCCAUGUAACAAUGAUGAGCAAUUGCCCCCAGAAAACCUUGCACAGCCUUUUUUUGUCAGUUUUCAUGCAGAAGGCAGAUAUUACAGUGGGCAAUGUGUCAGUAGCAUUUUAGAGGCAUUAGAUAAAGUAAUGUUAAAUAAAACAAUGUUUGAAAAAUGGUAUUGCAUGAAACGUCGUUUGAUGAGAGCGUUGAUGAAACGGCAUUCAGUGAAACUGCUCUGACCAAAUGGUGUUUGACGAAAUGUUUGGUCUCUGCUGGGAACACGGAUAGCAUCAUGUUUUGUUCCACAAAAGGCUUUGUUCUACAAAAGGCUUUGCUCUACAAAAGGCUUUGUAGCAAUGCCAGAAAAAUAAGGCACUGCAGUCUUACCUGUGGUCCAAGUGGGCUGCAGAGAACGAAAAUGGCGGCCAUCUAAUCUGAAAAGUGCAACCCUCCUAUGCUGUUAUCCAAUGCCCGCCGUUGCUCAACACCGGAGGGCGUUAGGUCGCAAUCUGUGAUAUCAUUUCGAGCGUUCUUUCCACUUUGAGUCCGGUUUGAACUUGAAUGCGCUCAAUAUUUGUUUGUUCAUCUGUUGCAUGGCCCGUCUCAUUGUUGUCUGGAAUGCUUCUGGCAUGGGCAUAUCGAUCGAAUGGUGGAGAUGGAAGCUCCCACGUCACAUAGUAGUUCUCAGCAUCUGCGCACAUGCACUAAGGACACGAAUUGCACAACAUUAUGCGAAUUUGCCCCAGAUGUGAAAGUAACUGAGCUGGCUCACACAGAAGUGUAGCGAUUCUGUCGCCCGUUUCUUGGGCGUUUGGUAGAUCUUAUUGAGGGGACUAUUGCAAAGCAUCUAUAAUGGUUGUAGGUGGUAGUUCAAAGGUGUCACUAGUCUCUUACAGUACCUAUUCUCAAUAUCGAGGCAGUUAAAGUUUGUACAGGUUGAUCUGCAUGAAUAAGGUUAGUACUCGCACAAACUUGUUUGACAAGGAGAGUGGUGUCGAUGGCACAGCUUUUUCGUACCACGAGGCUUGAAGAGCUCAGACGUCCUGGAAUUUGUGAAGUCGGGGAAUUCUAACUUUGGACCUUCGAAUCUUUUUAACUGACUGAUUCAACGAAUUUCGAACUUGGGAAGCCCAAAAGUUCAACAAACUUUGAACCUUGUUUAAGGUUUAAAGACAUUUCAAAUGCUUUGUUGGCUCUUAGUGUCAUGCAAUCUAAGGAGUGUGCAUCAGUUUACCAAUUGAACUCUAAACGUUUUUGUUUAACACAUGGAAAAUAACGUAUUGAACAGUACAGUUGCUUUGUGUGCUGAGCUUCAUCGAGCAUUAGAUCUGACUUUCAUCUUGUUGUAGUCUGGGUUUGAACGAGCCGUGAAACGAUUUUCGGACUGCGUUGCAAUACCAUUUUUGCUUACCUGCACUGGUUUUUAUUUUACAAACGAAACGCAUUGUUAUGGCAUCUAGUGCGAACUGUAUGACUUGCAGUAGCAAUGUCUUUUAAUAGCAUGCAUCAUUUGGGAUCACUAAUGGUUCCGUACGGUAGUGUUCGUUUCACGAGUUGAGGUUGACUUUGCAUGGAGGAUUCAUGUUAAAUUUUUGCUGACAGACGGGAAAUGUAUAGUAUCUUCUUUUUUAUACUGGUGGCUGGAUCUCACGGGGUUCGACUAACAACCCCACAUCGACUUGUAGAGCAGUUACUGUAGUUUCGGUAGGUAUUGUGAACUGUCCCCAUUAUGCAUGCUGGCGAUAAGCUCCUUCGAGGUUGAAGUUUUUGCAUCUUGAAUGUCUCGCCAUUACGGCAUGCUUUUUGCGUGAAUGCGUCGCGCUACUUUUUCUCUCUUUCUCAAAGUGAGUCUGUAAUAGCAUGCUGUCACAAAAGUUGUUGUCCGUGUUUUUCGAAGAAAAUGAAAUCUAGGAAGUCUGUGCCUUAAGAUUUUAAUCGUUUCGAGUGACGGAAAAAAUUUUGUUCAGCGUACCUGCGGGCAUUUAGUGUGCCGGUGCUGAUGCCCGUCAAAACUGGCAGUUCCAGGCUGCCAAAUCUUGUGAAUGAUCUGAUCGUUGGCUCUUUUCUCUUUUGUUAUUGUUGCUUUUCAAAGAGAGAACUUGAUUUGUCAAAAAUCGCACAUUGCUUACGUAAAACGUUUCGCCAAAGCUCCUAGAGACUUCCAGUGCAGAAAAUUGCAAGAAUAAGGCAGAAAAAUUGCCUUUUGAUGUCACAGUAUCUGGCAUCCUGUUUUAGAAAAUGGUUAUGAUAUCAAAAAUCUUCCUCUAUGGCUGAAUGGUACUUCUGAUGCUGCUUUGCCCAGCAGUCUGUAAGCAUUUGCAUGGUGAUCGCACAGUCAAAAUCUGAAGAUGUGUUGUGACAUCAUAACUGUUAUUGCUGUGUUAGCAGGCAAUUUUUGUGCCUUAUUAAUAAAAUCCUGUGGUCAUAUUUUCUGGACGCUACUGCGAAAUGGUUCAGAAUCAGAUUAUUCAAUUAUAAAAAAAAGAAAGUUUUUUGCGUACAUUUUCAGAUCAAUCUCGGAGUGUAAAAGAAAGAACACAAAACCUUCCUUAGGUGUUGGUAGGCGUUCUCAUACAUGUCUGUUUUAUUAAGGGCACUUUUUACAUGGUCGAGCAAUGAGGCAAGAGAAUGAAGCAUAUUUAUUUAUUACAGAGAAAGUUCCAAAGCCCUUUAGUAUAGUUUUUGUAAACUUGUUUUCGUUUAGAUUAUACUCAAGGAAAAGUUGAUUGUUGUGUAUCUUUGUGAUCUCAAGCAACCUAAUAACAGUGGGACGUUUCACUUUUGCAAAUGGGGAAAGCAGGCUUAUGUGCAUAACUUACAAAUGGGAAUUCGCUUAACAAGUGGAUCGAGGGCCGUGUUGGUACAGAUUAUAUAUUACUUGGCUUUUGGAGGUUCCUAAGUAAGGUAAUGUAAUGAAACUUGUUAGUCCAGAUUUGGAGCCAGAUUUGUAAUUGGCAGAAAGUUUCAACAGCAAAGGCUAGGGAACAUCAGCCUACAGUAUAUGUAGUAAGAAAUUUCAGUGAAUAGUGUAAAGCUAUGAAUAGUACAACAUAUAAGGAAUGUUAUAGUUGUGUCACUAGUUAGAAUUUAAAGAGGAUCAUAAAGACUUCCGAAACCACGGUUCUAUGUGAAAGUCUGUGGAAGGUAUACAAGUUUUUCCCUCAAAAACUGCAAGUAAAGAAGUUGGCAUCCUUACAUGGUGGUUGUCACUAAUUUCUUCCUUUUUGUGGCGGAUUGAGAUAUUCGUAUGUAGGUACAUUUAAGACCAGUUAUUUCUUGUUUUUGCACAUUUCAAAAUGCAAGAAACAUGACUUUCUUUCUCUGACAUUUGAAUCUUGUAAAAGCGUAGCUACUUCGUGCGGUGUAUGAGCUAUGCAUCAAACUUACUUUUUGCUUGAGAUGAAGUGUGUUGAGGCAGAAGCCUGUGUCGAUGUGAAAAGGUCCUGAUUGUGAUACAUAGUGUAAAACGAGUUUCCACGCCCCACUGUUGUUAGGCAUCCGGCAGCUCUGAUAAAGAGUUUGAAUGGUCACAUUGCUCAUGUUUUGAGAGAACCUGCACUUGUUUGUCGAUUCGUCGAAACACUCUUUUAUCAGACUUUUACGGUCAGGCCUCUCAGUGGAGUCGCGAUGACCUCUCAGACGUUUAUUACUGUUAAAGCUUUGCAUUUCAAAGGGAAACCAGACUGUACUUUUCCUUCUGGAGAUUAUAUGGGCACACUGGCUUGCCCGGUGGUCUUGGGUAGUCUUGGACUUGUGCGGUCACUCUGUUCAUACGCGGGUUUUCGGUAUUCAAGUAUGUCUCGACGUGCCUUCUCUUCUCUUGACUGCUGUGGUUGGGUGACACUCUUAUGUCGCAUGCAAAAAGUUCUGCGGGAAGUUUGUGUGUCCCCACGGGCUUUCCGUCAAAGUUUGUUUUCGCUUCUGGAGUGUUGCUCGGGGAUAUUCCGUCACCUGAUUACAGUGUUCAUGCAGUUGACAGACUAUUCUUCUCUAGUGUGUCUUUGUUUUCUUUCUGUUGAAUGGUAAUUCUCAAAGGCUUACCUUGCUCCAAUGAUCACGAGCAAAUUUUUUGGACCUGUAAUUCGGGACUUCGGGUUACUUUUGAUGCAGAUUAUGCCUCGAUGGCUUCCCAAUACAGGAAUUCUUAUUACCUCGUUUUACGUACGACAGUCUGGCACGCUUCAGUUGAGAAGCAUCGACAUAAGGUUGCAUUCACUCUGUUGAUCUGUGGGCGAGGGCCCAAACGUUUUCCGCCCUCAGAGGGGUGUUUUACCCGAAAGGCUUGAAUGCUUAAAAGUAUUGUUUGAAUUGCUUGAUUUGAAGUGCCAUCUGUGACACUUACUAUGGGUGUCUGUCAAACUGUUGUAAUCCUCUCAUAAAACAUGUAGUAUUUGUCAGCCUUCGUACAGACAAUGUUCUUCAAAAGCAGAAUGAUGCAAAUAGAAAUUUCAUCGAUUUGUUGUUACUGGACAUAUUUUUUAUUCUGGUUUUAAAUCCAUUCUUUGACCCAAGCCUUUAUAAAGAACCCCAACAAAUAUAUUUCUCUUUAAACUCGCCAAAGCACAUGUCCAGUAGGGAGAAAACCUUGGCUAAGUUUUUAGAUCCGUUGCACCUUAGUCACUCCAAGAGGGGCAACUAAAGUCUAACAGAAAAAGAUUCAAAGAGCUAAGCCCAUUCUUUGCACCUUUUUUUGCCGGGCUGUUGGAGUUCCUGUUUGCCAUCUCUUCGCAUCAUUUUAAUUACGUGGGUCUUCAAACUCGAAAGAUGAUGGCAUGUUUGACUCUGCGCGGCCCGUAUGCUGCAAACCUUCAAUGAGAAGCAAGACGGAACUAGCAUGCACGCUUAUGUCGCUUUUUUACGACACACGGUUAAAACAUUCACACCUUUUAAUUGUAAAUCCUUGUCCGGAAGCCAGUACUAUUCCCAGUGUUUAAUUUUAAUAAAUAAAACAUGUUCACUUUUCACGGUGAAAUAAAAAGGGUGAUUUGGUUGUAGUUUACGUGAGGUCGAGCCACAAUAUCGGGGGGGUCGUAAGAGUAUGCACAGAAAAGCUAGACAUCAAUUUUUGAGUCAACAAUUUGAUUGAUUAGCGCUGAUCGGCCUAACUGUUGGCCCAGGUGCCGACGUCGUAACCUUUCCAUGUGCAGUUUUACAACCCCCUUAAGUGAGUGUGCAUCCGCCAUAAUUUAGUAAUACUGCAUGUCUUGGGUACCAUAUCUUGAAGGUUUGCAGCCUUGGAUCUUCCUGGCACUUUUGAAAGAGAGCAGUAAAAACUAAUAUUGUUGACAUGACUGAUUAGAUCCCUCUUUUUUACUUCGCAAACACUCUUUAAUAAAUGACUGUUGGUAAAGGUGCACUGAAUGUGAUUCUGACUCCCUUUGAAUUGAACAGAAACUUGAUGUGCAGAGUUUGAAAGAAGCUAGCUGGUAGAAACUGUUGAUCUGCAUACCCUUUUUUAUGUAGAAAAUGCAAUCCCAAAAUAGACACGGUCUCUUUCUUGAUAGGCAUGGACUGACACAAACAAAGAGCAAAAAACUGUUGAGCGAGGUGCGAGAAGGAAGUAUUUUUUUUUUUUUUUGCACGCAUUUUCAAAGCAGAGGUUAAGCAAGUCCACCUAAGAUAUUAAUUUUGGAUUGCAUGCCUUCUCUGUAGGCAGUUGAUAUGCACACAGAAAUUUUUUUUGUAGAUUGGGCCGUUUCAUUUCCCUGUCUCAUGGGCAUUUUAGAUGGCUUUUAUAGUGGAUGCCUGUGGAGAACCACCAAGCCAGCGCAUGCUGAGUGGCAUUCGCCGAGUCAGGCACGGCGAGCUGAUUUGCUGCUUGCCCAAAAUCCUUCCACAUAAAUGUCAUUUAAAAUGCCUGUGAAACCAUUUAAAUUUCAUCCCACGAGCUGAGUGCGGCGCUAUCAGGCGAAACACACCUACAGUGAAGUGUAGACUGAGGUUUUUGCUGUUUCUACAAAACUGAAUCUGUUUAAUGCACCUUUACCUUAUAAAUCCGAAAAGAAGUACCCUUAGGGGUUCCUCUCAUCUGCAACAUCUGUAAAACGAAGGGACCAAGAAGUCUGCAUGCUCACGAUCGUACUAGCAACCUGUAACCCUUAGGGCAGCCAGUCUGUCUGUGUACUCGAACGUUGCAAUUGGUCACCUUGGCGGCAGGGAUGUUGUGCAAAGUUUGGCCCGCGGAACACAGGGAAUGACCGAUUGAAGAAAGCACUCCUGUACGACUUCCCCGGGGAACCUCAGCUAACACUGUACCAUAACCACAUGUCUAUUUAGAAGAGACGGGACGCACAAUUUCGUCAGAAGCAAGUGUAAGGUAUAUCUUAAGUUGUUUUGUUGUUUAACAUUUGUUUUUAUGGUUGCGGAUAAAUAAAGAAGAUUCACUCUCGAAA